AUGAGAACUCCAGCUACCAUAUCCGAACUGGGGGGCGGACGGACCGCAUUCAUCAAAAAUAGUGCCGAGGUUGGUAUUGGCGAUAGACGAGGCCACACGCCGUUUUUAACCGCGAGUGCCAUGAUCGUCAAGAAAAUCACCUCGUACACUCCACCGCGGAUUCAAGCUGAGAUUCUGUCUCAAUAUAAGGGACUUGAAUUAGCUGAUCCGAAACUAUGUGCUGACACCUCAAUACUUCUAGGAGCAGACGUGUAUGCGCGUAUAUUGACAGGCGGAUUACGUCGAAUUAACGACGACCUGCCAAUUGCACAAGAAACUGCGUUCGGUUGGAUUCUGUCCGGACCAGUACAGGGUGCUUCACCUUCCAAACUAGUAAGCUCAUUGCAUUGCAAUGUGCUCGAAUCAUUGGACAAUGCGAUUCGAAAGUUUUGGGAGAUCGAAGCGGUGCCGAUUAUCGCACACAAAACCCUGGAAGAAGCCGAAUGCGAAGAGCAUUUUCAAAGGACUGUGACACGAAACGAAGAAGGCCGUUUCGUAGUCCGACUUCCAUUUAAAAAACCGCAUGCAGAACAGGCGUUAGGAGACUCGCUCAGAAUAGCGCUCUCCGCGUUAACUCGGCUGCGGCGGAAGCUGGACCCAAAUACUGCGCUCCUUCAAUCAUGCAGCGAUUUCCUGUUAGAAUACGAGUCGUUGAAUCAUAUGACCAGAUUGCGGUCAAUAGAUUCUUCACGAACGUAUAUACCACACAGGGCUGUAGUGAGAGAAGAAAGCGUUACGACGAAAUUACGUGUCGUCUUUAACGCAUCGAGCGCAUCAGCGGGCGGAAGUUCGCUGAACGAAAUCCUCCACGUAGGGCCGAAGUUGCAGCGCGAUAUCACUGCAAUUUUGACAAACUGGCGGCUUUACCAGUACGUGAUGGUAGCCGACAUCGAGAAGAUGUUCAGACAGAUUCUCGUAGCCCCUGAGGACAGAAAAUUCCAGUGCAUCGUUUGGCGCAGCCCUGAGGACGAACGACUGACUGCGUUCGAACUCAAUACCGUCACUUACGGUACGGCCUGUGCACCUUACUUGUCGAUGCGCACGUUGCUGGAACUCGCGCGACAAGACGGAAGUAAAUACCCGCUUGCAGUUCCAGUAAUGGAGAACGACGUCUACGUCGACGACGUAUUUUUGAGUGCACCUGACAAAACGCGCUUGGAAGAACUACGCGUGCAG